CGCGGCCCUUCCUCGCCUUGCACAGACGGACCUUUUGCUGGCAGCAAGAACAGUAUCAAGGUCAUCAGACAUACCGCCGCCACCAGAGGGCGCGGCGGCGGCGGCAGCGGCAUCUAUAGGUGUGAUCUCAACAAGCGUGAGAUCCAAGUUGGGAACCCCAUGAGAGGGUGCCGCUGGAACCCUGGCUACUGCUGCUGCCGCUGGCGCCACCACCCAUUAUUGUUGCUGUUGCCGUGGGCGCCAACGCCGCACACGCACACGCACACGCACACGCACACGCACACGCACACGCUCACGCUCACGCACACGCUCACGCUCACGCUCACGCACACGCUCACGCUCACGCUCACGCUCACGCUCACGCUCACGCUCACGCUCACGCUCACGCUCACGCUCACGCUCACGCUCACGCUCACGCUCACGCUCACGCUCACGCUCACGCUCACGCUCACGCUCACGCUCACGCUCACGCUCACGCUCACGCUCACGCUCACGCUCACGCUCACGCUCACGCUCACGCUCACGCUCACGCUCACGCUCACGCUCACGCUCACGCUCACGCUCACGCUCACGCUCACGCUCACGCUCACGCUCACGCUCACGCUCACGCUCACGCUCACGCUCACGCUCACGCUCACGCUCACGCUCACGCUCACGCUCACGCUCACGCUCACGCUCACGCUCACGCUCACGCUCACGCUCACGCUCACGCUCACGCUCACGCUCACGCACGCACGCACGCUCGCUCGCUCGCUCGCUCGCACGCGCGCUCGCUGGCUACCCCCAGUUGAAAAUAAAGACGAGCGGCAGGGUCACGCGCGCGGUGUUCUGGCCGCUGCUGAGAAACAAGAGCCUGUCUACACACGCCUGCAACCCUGACUGCCGCCGCGGGUCGUCAUGUCCACAACAGACAGCGCUUGAGGAGAGGAGAAGAGGUGCGCACGGGCGGCCCCGCGUGCGUGCUGCGAGCCUUCAUACGAGUUUACAAAGCAUGACAUAACUGGUGUUUACAGUGGUGGCAAUGGUUUUGGGCUUGGUGGCGAGCGCGGGUCUGAUAUGGUGGUAUGGUGGCAUCAAAGCUGAGUGUUGAAAGCCAAGGCAUUUGAGUGCACUAGCUGGAAGUGAACUGGCAACAUGGUGGGCGAAGGCAUACCGCAAAUGAGAAGCGCUUGGCCGGAGUGCCGGGAGUGGCACUUUAUGUAAUGUUGCACGCCCUCGGGCUGUGAUCCCGUGCAAGCCCGUGGAGGUGGCAAGGGUGGGGGGCAUCAGGUCAGGGUGGGAGCUCGAGUCGGGCGUCCCUCCAGACUUCGUGGGGCCAGAUGUCCUACUGAUUGCUGGUUAAGCCACACAGGGACCCAGCCAGGAUACUGUCUCCGGGCGACAAACCGCGCAACAGCCUUGGGCCUUGGGCCUUGUGUGCCCGGACCCCUACUUCCCCAGGUGCGUGCCAAAUCGUUACAGCAUUACGCCGCUAGAAGACUGGCCGAAUCCAUUUCGCAAGUGGGUCGUCACAUCCCGUAACAUGGCCCAUGCGGCCCUUCCUAAGCGGCGCCAGGCCGUUCAUCCCGCAGCCCAGGCCCCAGGACUCUACAAGCCCUAACCUUUCCUGAUCCUCUCCGUGCGUUCCCUGCAGCAUGAAUGCGGUGCGACAGGGGGUAGCACCGCAGUGUGCAGCUCACUCUUGGGCUCAUUCCCAGACCGCCGAAGCACGGGUGUGGGAUGGGAUCGUGUCAAGGCAGGUUGGUGAAGUCCCGAAGCACGGGUGUCCGGCCCUCGCCCUCGUGGCUUGCCCCUUGCGCGCUUGGCUUGUAGCCCAUGCAUCAUGGCAAAUCCGGUCGAGUCCAGACAUGGACUCCCU